AUGGCAGAGAAUCAUACCUUUCAACCCUGGGACUAUGUUGUUUUUGCUUUAAUCCUCUUUGUAUCUGCUGCAAUUGGUCUUUUUUGUGCUUUUAAACGUGGUAGGACUGAGCACCAAACAACAGAAGAGUUCCUGUUAGGAAACCGACAGCUCUCUGCAUAUCCAAUUGCUCUUUCAUUGGCUUCUAGUUUCUUGUCUGCUAUAACAGUUAUUGGAAAUCCAGCUGAAGUGUACAGCUUCGGGAUGAUGUAUCUAAUGUUUGCCUUCACCUGGUUAUUGACAAUGAUUGCCACUUGCCUGAUCUACAUUCCGCUCUUUUACAGACUAAACAUUAUCAGUACUUAUGAGUAUCUUAAUAGAAGAUUUGGACAACUUGUGAGAUAUCAAGUUGUUUGUUGCUUCAUGAUCUAUAUGUUUUUUUAUCUUGGUCUCGUGACUUAUGCGCCCUCAUUAGCACUGAGUCAAGUUACUGGUGUAAAUUUGUGGAUUUCCAUUGUAACAACGGCGCUUGUGUGUACAGUGUAUACAGCAUUAGGUGGUAUCAAAGCUGUUGUUUGGACAGAUGUAUUCCAACUCUGUAUAAUGGUGAUUAGCCUUCUGACUGUGCUGAUUCAAGGAUCAAUUCAUGUUGGAGGGCUCAACAAGAUUUGGAACAUUGGUGUAAAUGGUGGCCGGAUUAAUUUUUUAGAUUUUGAUCCUGAUCCAAGAAGAAGACAUACAUUUUGGACUGUAUUAGUAGGAGGUACGUUUGGAUGGACAGCAACGUAUAGUUGUAAUCAAGCGCAAGUACAAAGAUACCUGGCUUGUAGGAGUGAAAAUGAAGCAAAAAAAGCUCUGUUUCUGAACUGGUUUGCUAUGAUUAUUGUGCUUACAACAGCUUGCCUGUGUGGUUUAGUUAUGUAUGCUGUCUAUGAGACCUGUGAUCCGAUAAAGGCAAACAAAAUUAGUAACUCCAAUCAACUGAUGCCAUUACUGGUAGUUGAAACUUUGAAUCAGGUGCCAGGAGUUUCUGGACUCUUUGUUGCUGGUGCAUAUUGUGGCACAUUAAGCACAAUCUCUUCUGGCAUUAGUGCUAUGGCUGCAGUCUUUGUGGAAGAUUUUAUAAAACCAAUCUGGAAACCUUGGGAACAGCUUUCUAAUAGAAUGAAGACUCUGGUCUCAAAGCUUCUAGCUAUGAUAUUUGGACUUGGUACAAUCGGCCUGGCCGUGAUAGUCUCUUUCUUACAAGGAAAUAUAAUGCAGGCUGCACUAAGUGUUGCAGGAAUAAUUCAAGGACCAAUACUGGGUGUGUUCACUUUAGCAGCAUUGUUUCCAAAGAGCAAUGGCAAGGGUGCAUUUUUAGGCUUGUUUGUUGGAUUGGCCCUUUCCAUGUGGAUAGGAAUUGCUGCUCAAAUCUAUCCACCCACUGAUAAAUUUACAAAGGUACUUCCAACAUCAAUAUCAGGCUGUCUGCCAUUAAAUUCCACCAUCUCCACACCGACGAAUGUAACAUCACUGCUAACCUAUGUAACAUCUUUAAGAGAGGAGAAAAGGUAA